AUGGAAAACCAUUUCCCAGUGGUUGUCACCUGCGCGCGGCUGCAAGAUGGCAAAGAAAUUCCGUGUACACUAAAGGCAUGGUGCUAUGAUCGUGCUGAGCAAGGUGUGCUGUGGGAGCUGCGACGUAUCGUGGAUGCUUGCGGCAAAGGCAACAGCAAGGUUCCGCUACACAAGCUUGUGAAGACAAGCUGGCGUCAAGCGGAGGGCGAGUGGAAAAACGUGUGUGAAACCCUGGGUUUGGAGGAGAAUUGGAUUGUUCCAAGCAAGAGAGCUUUGGGAUCCAAGGACGGUGCUUGGUCUCAAAGUGCAGACGCCGAUCUCGUUCGCGGUGAGUACUCCAUCAAGACACUGCCGAUGCUUUGCCUCCUUCUGCAUUGGGCCACAUCGUCCAGAGCAGGAGCCGUGAAGGAAUGCUGCUGUUUUCUCUUCAGACGGCUUCUAGGAACCGUGCUCCCGACACAGGUGGUGCGGCAAUUGUUGAACCCACUUGCGGACAACAGCUACCAACAAGUGUGUUUGCAGAGGGACGGGCUGAAACCUUGUGCUCACGUGCAGCAGUGCUUGUCGCACGUGGAGUCUGGCCUUGCUGGAGACGAACUGUGGCGUGCUUUCCUACGAGUCUUGACGUCAUGCUACACAUUUUUGGAAGAGUGUCCAGCUUUGAAGCGUGCAUUGGCUGCAAUGCUUCAAUCCACAGCUGCAAAGCUCGACGAAGCACUUCCAGCAGCUGGAAGUCUGGACGUCUUCGAGGGUUUAACCAACGACCCAUCAAAGCACAAACGAAGACGUGUAGAUGAGGAUGUGCGGAAAGAAGCCCAGAAGCGUGCCGCUGAAGACAACCUGACAACAGGUGUGUUUGCGAAAACACACAAAGUUGCCGACAACUCCGUGGCAUGGAAGUGGGACCACCAGGACGGAGGCGUUUAUCUGAAGCAGUGCCACGCGCAUUUUCAAGACAUAGUUCAGAGUGGUGCUUGUGUGACACUUACUGCAGAUGCGAAACGUCUGGGCAAUCCGGCGCAAGACCUGGUGGCUGGUAUUGUCACGAGCUCCAUGGACGCAGUGGCAGCAUGGCUUCCGCCCCAGGCCGCUGGGCAAGUGUCCUCCAUGACGGUGCUGCCAGACUUUGCGUCCAAACCUUUGUCAAGCAGCCUGGAAACUGCAGAGGAGAAAGAACUCUACGCACGGCAACUGGACGAGUGGCUUGCAGUGGCUUGGAAAGAGCAUGCUUCAGCAAAGCCUGUGGGGGAUCCAGCAGCUGCACGACGUCCGAACCAACACUGGCUGCUGGCCUUGGAGCACGGUCUGCAGGCAUGUACUGGCCUGUCCUUCAAAGACUUCCUUCCCCUUAGACGCCCCAGGAGCCUGAAAGAGCACGAGCGAAGGUAUCGUGCUAAACUGCAAGUGGAGGGACAGCUCGUUGAAAGGUGUGCCAUGUACAACGAGCAGACCAAAAAAACAGAGCUUGAGUUUCCUCUUGAGAGGACUGCAGAUGGGAAGCCGCAGUACAAGCCGUCGCUGGUCAUUUGCAUUGAUCAAGGCUCGGUUGGAUGGCCAGCAGUGCAGUUUUUGUUCCAGCACUGCGGGUUGUGUGGCUACUACGCUCACGAUCCCUGGCACAGAUGCUGGAAUGAUCUUCGUGCCAGCAUGGUGGAGGCCAAUUUUUGGCCAGUGAUUCGCGAGAUGACUGUGUGCAUGAACGUUCGCAGUGGACCCUUCGAGAAGGCUGCUUUCUUUGGACAGAUGCAGGACAGCAUGGACGACCUGCAGAAGUUCAGCGACUUCAACAAUCCUUUCUUCCUCCAUUGCUACCCAGGCAUCGUCGCCGAGCGUGGCCUCAGCGGGGACUUGGAGGUAGGAACAGCAGCGCACAUGGCAAAACUUUUUGCGGAAUUGUGUCACGAUGCAUCUGUAGAGAGAAAGGGCGAAGCAGUGAAGUGGGCACGGUGGGGAAGCUUUUGGGACGCGGGAAUGGAAUUCCGAAAGAACUGGCACUGCCGGCUGAUGACCCUUCUGCACUUCGGCUGGCGCGCAGGCUGGUGGCCAAGCGUACAGGACAGCCCAUUGCUGGAAGUCAGUCCUGAGGACCUGGCGCUUGCUGGCUUGGUGACACGCGAGGGCCAGGCUUCCGGACAAGAUGCCGGUGGCUCAAGCAGCAAAUCUGUCAAAAAUUCCAAUGAGCAGAUACAGCAUCUGAGGCAGAAGUGUCGCAAUGGCUUGGAGCUUGCAACCAUCAUCAUGGCCAACCAGACCACAGAGCGUAUGUUCAACAUGGUGCUAGAGGUGGGCAGUCCUGUGAGAGCGUGGUUGGGGCAAUCCAUGGCCAGAAUGCAGAAGGGACCGGACGGGCCCUUCACCGAGACCCUCGCCUACUCUUGCAACGUGCCCCAACAAGUUCUUGCAGAAGUCUGGCAGACACUUCGCAGCCGCGAUGCACUGCAGCGCUGCGGUUUCGAGCCUGAGCAUGAUGAGGAAGCACUUGCCAGAGCGCUGGACGAAGAGGACGAGCUGGCUGCUCGCAUGGUGCUGCUUGCUCAAGCAGUCACUGGGCAGCGUGCGUACAGCAUGGCCGAGUACACCGAUUCGCCACCAUUUGUUUUUCUUCCACUCCUGCACGAUGACUUGUCGCAGAGAGACAAAGCCUUGAAGCGGCUGGAAGGCCUGUGGCAGCGUUUGAUGAGUGUGGAGAAGCUGGCGCUUGCCGACACAUGGUUUCUUUCCUUCAAAAAGAGCUUGACCUGGGCUGCUUUACCAAGCAUCCGGGGUGUCUUCAUUACCCUAGAAGAACAUCGGUGGACAGUGCCUGAGUUUUUGAGCCAGCACCUGCAAACACUGUUUUCCGGCUUGCUACACACGAAGACCGUGGAGGAGUGCUUCAACGAGUUGUCUGAUGAUGGUCGGAAGGUCAAGUCUGCCAAAGUAGAGAAGCUUCACAUGUGGCAGACUCUUGUGAGAGGGGAGCUGCUGCAUGGGCUUGGCUACAGUCCUCCACCCACAAGCCCCGCCAUUGAGCAGGAUGCUCCCAAAAAGCUCCCUCCGACUUUGUUCAAAGGCACAGACGCGUCCAAGUUCAGUCUUGGUGGCAAAGCUGGCCUGCAGGAGAUGGCCUGCGAGGAUGACUGGGCCUCCUUGAACCCCAAUGCUCACAGCCUGGUUGCCUGGGCGACAAAAGCCAUGGAAACCUUCGCAGAUCCAGCCGACUUGAAAGUCUGCUGGGUGUCGUUGCUGGCACAGCCGGGCACUGUGUUGUGGUCAUCGCGAGCUCCUGCUGACGCAGUGUUCGUUUUGAAAGCAACUUCUUGGGGCGUCCUGGGCUGGAGAGUCAUUGCCGAAAGAGCCGGCGGUACACAGAAUUUCAAAUUCUUUUCCUUGAAGCUUGACGGCCAAGACAAUCUCAGACAUGUGCUUAUCACUACGCCUAACGGGUGGAGCUCGGCCAAAAUCAAUGUUCGCUCGCCGCUGCAUGUGAGAAGCAAGAAAAUGUCGCCAGCCGCGCCAAGCGGAAUACUCUUGCAGCUGGGCUCCACCGAGACGCUCCUUCAAAGUGCCAGCAAGGCCGGUUUCAAAGGCCUCACAGUAUUCCAUUUAGGAAAGCUGUUUACAAAACUGGGUGUGCAGUCCUCCGGGAAGAAACCUACUCUCCUGGCGGAUUUGCUGAUGGCACUUACGAAGCAUGUUUGGCCUCGGGCCUCUGAGGCCGAUCUGCGAGCGUACUGUGCACAGCGAGACACGACAAGCAUCCGGAACUUAAGCAGCAUCAUCACCAGUAACGAGCACAAUCUGGACCUCGCUGCAGAGUUCAUGGAUGACGACGAUGCCGAAAAGUGCAAGGAGGAGAAGCGCAAGACAAAGCAGUGCAAAGUUCCAGCAGAGCAGCCGCACGAAACCGCUCCUUUGGCUUCGUUACUAGCGCCAGCAACGCCGAAGGCAGCAUGUGCCAAGAGUGCUUCCAGCAAGCAAGCCACCAGUACUCGGAAACAGCAGCUCGCUAUCGACUGGAAAGCUUUCGAAGCCUCUGAUGUUCGGAAGUGGAUUCCUGAUCUUCCUAAGAUUACAGUGGCCAGGGAGCUCAAGCUGGCUAAGAGAUGGCGGGUGACAUACCCUCGACAGUCGGAAGGGCCGAAAAGCUUUUCCAUGGUGUAUCACGACCAGCAAUCAGAAGAGUACUCUGUCAAGCAGUGUUUGUUGUGGCUUUGGCGGUUGCAUGAGCAGGAGACCGGAAGCACUUGCCCGUAUGAGCUGUGA